CUUCUCUUCCGCCUCCUCCACACAAGUCUCGAUCAAUCGCUGCACUCUCCAUGCCAUUGCCUCUGGAUGAAACCUGGCUGGGAUCGGUGGCCAACGGUCAAGAGGAUUCACCCUUUGGAUCGUCGCAGAGGCCCAUCCUCAUUGAGGACGACUCGCCCCCGCCGAGCCCCGCCAUCCAAGGAAGCCCCGUCCCUGGCAUCGCCCAAACACCAGCCGUUCUUCCACCAUCCUCCCAGCUCGAAUCCGCACGUCUCAGCCCGCCUCGGCAGAAGCGGCGCCUCGCGCACACCAACGACUCCGCUCCCCCAAAGCGCUCCCGCACCCUCCCGCCGCUCUCCUCGCGCACGUUCCCCCGCGGCGCGAUCCUGCCCACGCACACGACGCACGGCUCGCCCCGUGCGGACGGGCGCGACGCCGUGCGCCUCGCGGACGUCCUCGGGCCGCCGGCGGAGCUGCAGCUCGCGAUCGUCGCGUCGUUCGGGUACGACCCGGCCUGGCUCGGCGCGCAUUUCGCGCGCGGGACGCCGGUGGUGGCCGUGUCGCCGGCGGGCCGGGAGGCGCGUGCGAGUGCGAAGGCCGGUGGUGGGCCGGUGGUAGAGAGGCUGCGGGCGCCGCUGGGGAGCUGGGUGCGGACGUGUCCGGAGGUCGGGUUCGGCGGGUGCUUCCAUAUGAAGUAUAUGGUGCUCGUGUACGAAUCGGGUCGUUUGCGUGUCGUCGUGAGCACCGCGAAUCUGCUGCCGAUUGAUUGGAGUGACCUUGAGAAUGCUGUGUUCAUCCAGGACGUUUUCCCUGUGUCUCCUGGGCGUUCUUCCACUUCCAAAGGGAACGGAUUCGCAACAAUUCUUCAGACUGUGCUGUUGAAGACCAAUGCUGGGGCCGGGUUAGAAUUCCUGAGCAAAUCGAUGGAUCUCCCGAUCAAGGAUGUUUCGGACAUCUCGACUAUGUGGGACUGGAAUCAGGUCAAAGCAGAGCUUGUUCCCAGCUUUAUCGGCAAAUGGCAAGACUGGAAGACAAUCAAAGAGUCUGCCCCUUGCUAUACAUGCUAUACAUUCUGACUUUUAGCCCAGAAAUGGACAUCCUCGACUGAUGCAUGCCGUGCAGUCUCUAGGAUUGACGAUCCCCACGAAUGCCCAGCUCAAGCUUGAAUGCCAGGGCUCGAGCAUCGGCGUGUACACCACCCAGUGGUUCAACCAAUUCUACACCUCCGCGUGCGGGGACCCGAGCGCCCUCACAUCUCAUCUCGGCAUUCCUGAGCCGCAAAGGAAGAAGCUCGCCUAUCCAGCUGGCAUCAGCGUCGUGUUUCCGACCCAGCAGACGGUCAACGACGCCGAGAGGCGCGGUGCGACGUCCAUGUUCUGCACGCGCAAGAAAUGGAAAGCGAGGAAUUUCCCGAGGGAGGCUUUCCGGGACUCGAGGAGCAGAGGCGGUCGCGUCCUUAUGCACACCAAGAUGAUUCUGGCUGAGAUCGGAUCGGAUGGCGUGCGGCCCAGCGCCAGCGGAUGGGUAUAUCUGGGCUCGCAUAAUUUCACCUCCGCGGCCUGGGGGAAUUUAUCGGGCACAUCGAACUUGCCUGUUCUCAACAUCAACAACUUUGAGCUCGGGGUCGUCAUUCCGAUGCAAACACAGCAAGAGCUCGAGGAGAUAUCUGCUUGGGAGCGCCCACCGAGGAAGUAUGGCCCGGGUGAUUUGCCAUGGUUCAAAGAAGGACUGAGCUUGUGAUUCAUUUAGCAAGCGAUUGAGAUCUAGAAGCCGUGGUUCAUGAAUCAUUUUUUUUGCACCCGCUGACGUCUGACUUCCUGAACCAACCCGUGGGCCGUAGUGCCCUCACAGACAAUCGACUAUGCAGACAGCACUGGCGCGUGAAUUAUGAAUACAGUUGUCAUGGAUGCCGGGUGAUUAUGAUCAGAUGGCGGUGCGCACCGCGUCCCGACUCGCGCCUCCCCAAAUAUCGUGCCUGGGCCCUGAUAUAUGAUACUUCAUCCUACCAACCGCGCAGCGAAAUCUCUGAUGCGCACUGGCGUGUAAGUACUUGGUACUACGCGCGAGGGGCGUUCGAGGGUCGGGAUGAGACAAAGCAGGACGCUAAAUUGCUCAAUUGCACAGUACUGCAAGCAUCAUGAUCACUCCACUGAGCGCGUGCAGGAGUCUGUUUUUCUCGCUCUGACGUGAACGAAUGCGGAGAGUCUCCAUGGGGUGAACACUGUGAAAUCCUUGCAUGCGUUACCCAGUUUGAUCGUUGCAGCGCCGCCGCCGCCGAUCCUACCCAGCCGGGCUCGCCUCGCCCACUGUGUCGUCACCCGCGGCGGACGAAUGAGACCCUGCAAUAGAAACCUGAAACAGGGAGAUGCCGCGUGCGAGUGAGUGUAGUCAGAAGAUGCCUCGAGUAUAAAACACGCUCCACGCUCAGGUCACACGUCCAUUCGAUUCCAUCCCACUCACUCACUCACUCUCAAUGUUUCUUCGGCACGUUCUUUUGUUCUCGCUUUCUGGAGCCGCAGUUGUGUCUGUCGCCGCGCAGGACUUGGGUGUCCCGCUCUCGUGGCGGAAAUUCAGCAACAGCCGCGGGCUGUCAGAGCGCAUCCAGAUCGCCCAGGCCGCGAUCAACCAGAUGACGACCGUUCUCGACGCGUCGACGGGAGAGUUCGCUGGAAUCGGGUACUGGCAGUCCGGGAAUGUGUGGUCUGUCAUGGCGAACCAGGACUACCUCGCGAAGAGCACGGUGAACAAGGCCCUCGUGCUGAACAACUUGAAUCUUGUCUUCAACCGGUUCAGCAACUACGAUCAGUUUGGGUGCGGUGAGUGGUUGAGUGAUGUGUCGCGCGCGAAUGCUGUGCUGAUGGGUGUGGUGGGCCACGGCGGCGAUCUACGCACACCGGGCGUACGGGGUGCGUUGUCUGUCUUCAAAUUCUCCCGAGGCUGGGAUCUCAAGGUCAUUCAGGAUGCGACGAUGCUUUCGCACGCGGUUACUGUCUGGAAUCAUGUGCGGCAGUUCGUCGUUCAAGGAGGAGGAACACAGCCCAACAAAAACUUCCCCAUCCAAUCGGCUUGUAAUGGCGUCACUAUGGCUGGCGCAGUUUUCUGGCGCCCCACGAUUGACGACUCUGGAAUCAACUCCAUUACCACUGGGCUUUCUGCUUUCCUGGCCGAGGCCACCGGCAAUUCCAUGUACACCAACGCUGCAGUUCAAAGUGCCACGUGGAUCAAAACCCAGAUGAUCAACUCGAAUCAGCUUGUUCUUGACGGCAUGAGCGCCAGAGACUGCAGCCGAUCUCCGAACUGGAUUUUCACCUACAACACGGGCAAGUACAUCGAAGGUCUUAGUGUGCUCGGCGCUGUUACCAAGGACUCGACGUGGACCAACUUGAUGAUCAACCUCUUGAACUCGGCGGUCAAGACGAACGCGUGGCAAGGGAGUAACGGGGUCAUCACCGAGGGCGCCAACCCUUCCUCGGACAACGACAAUGCUGGAUUCAAGAGCGUGCUGAUCCGCGGUCUCGCUGAGGCCUGGCUGCGCAACCCAGGCAAUGCCCCCCUCACGACCCUGAUCCACAGCUACGGCGAUGUCCAGUAUAAUGCGCUCCUGGAUCUCGCGGCCACCGGAAAUACUUAUUCGUCCAGCUGGGCGGGCCCGCCGCAGGGAUUCACAGCCUGGGGUCAGAUGGCUGCCCUCGAUGUAUUGACUAGCAACGUCCUCACAAACUAAGAGCUCGCAAUAUCUCAUCAUGUAGUUAUUGAAGAAUAAUCGAUCAGAGUUCUUCUCUCGAAUUUUU